GCAGAGCUUUCAUUGAUCAAUCAAUCGUCAAAAGCUUUUUACAGGAUAACUCCUCAGCCAGCACAUGCCCUGUUUCUGGACUAUUAUUAGGACAACAAUGUAGGUCAAUUAUACCUGAACAUCAUCUACAUUGUUAGUAAAUUGUUUACAUUUUUAUCGUUUGUGUGCCUUGACUAAAGAAUUAGUUUUGGAAACUCGUUAACGUUGUGGGAUACGCUUAUGCCUUGCCAGUAGUAUCGUUUGCUAACUUGUAGUAGAAAGUUUACAUCGAAAGUGUCAAAUUUGUGACAAUCAUUGUAUUAUAAUGAUGGAUGUGUUCACGUUAUUCCAGAGGAUAUGCGUUAUAUACCUUUGCAUCGAACUUACACUGGUUUUUGGGACGAAUAAAAAUAAUCGGAAUUUAGGCUCGUGUGAACAGUUAACGCUUUCGGAUGUAUGUUCAAAUGCUGGUUUACCUUACUCGUCGACUCUUCUACCUAAUGACUUCGAUCACCCCGAUGUUAGCACGGCUGAGGGUAUACUACUGGGAGAAUAUUUACCACUAUUUAACUCGGGAUGUUCUGAGUAUAUUCGACCAUUUGUAUGCUCCGUAUUUUUUCCAGAAUGCCCCCAGAGACGAAGGCAGAAAGGCAUAAAGGCAUGUAAACAAUUUUGCGAAAAGGCAAAAGAAAAGUGUAAAGGGUUAUUCGCAAGCUAUGGACAAAACUGGCCUGCUCAAUUCGACUGCGAACGUUUUGAGCCUUACAAGCCGAAGAGGUCUCGCAAGAAGGGGCGUGAUAACUGCUUCAACUACAUACCUCCACCACCAGCUUUCUGUAGUCUACCUGCCGACAUAGGACCCUGUAAUAGACUGACUGGCAAGUUUUUCUACGAUGCAAAAUUCCAGAUGUGUCGCUCCUUCACCUAUGGUGGCUGCGCUGGAAAUGAAAAUCGCUUUGAAACAAAGGAGGAAUGCGAAUCCGUUUGUAUAAAGAAAGGAACAGGAAAAAACCAUUUGCGAAACCCUCCCGGAAACACUGCUACACAACCGACCAUAAAGCAUCCCACGGAGAGACAAAUAGGGAAUGAUCAUGAUGUAAUAUUGCAGGAUCGAGUUGAAAUCACGACGACCGUCGAACCAGCUAAUUUGUUUCCCACCAUACCAACAAAUAUUAACAGGGCGUUACUGCCACCACUGAUAGUUUUCCCACCGGGAGACCACUUAGUGAAGGAGUUCGGCAUGGUGACUUUAAUGUGUCGAGCGGCAGGCCCUCCCCCCAUCGAGUAUUCUUGGAACAGACUGGAUGGGCCUAUGCCAGAAGACAAGAUUAUUAAGGAAGAAACGUUUGGCGUUGAAGCUAUCUUGAUCAUCGGGAACGUAACAAGGGACGACGCCGGCAAAUAUAUGUGUACCGCUGAAAAUUUUGAGGGUAUGGUUGACUCAGUCGCCAUGGUAACUGUUUACAGUGAUGUGCAAAUAUAUCCGUUUGUAAGUAGUGAGAACAUUCAAGAAAAUGAAACCAUUCAGUUUGAAUGUAACGCGACUGGCUAUCCUAAACCACAGCUUUCAUGGAGACGAAAUAACUUACCGGAUGAAGUAAUUACAACAAAUAGCAUUCUUACAAUUGAUGCUGCUCGUACAGAGGAUGGUGGUAUAUAUACAUGCUUGGCUUCCAACAAAUACAGCACGGCGUCCCGAGAGGUACAGGUGGUUGUAAAUGUUCCAAUUCAUAUCAGUAUUGACAGCUCAUCUACUCUUAAGUAUGGUCACACUACAUCAAUAGAAUGCGUCUUAGAGGGUUACCCGUCUAUAGAAGUUACUUGGUUCAACGAAAACCAAAACAGAUCCGUCCCUAUCGAAAGAUUUAAUAGCAGUGAAGAAUUUUUAAGUGACAAACACAUUUUCCGGGUCACAUCAAAUUUAAUAUUUCACAAUAUCACUGAAAUGGUCGCAGGAAAAUAUAGCUGUUAUGGUAGCAACAGAGUUGGAGUAAAUCAUCGUUCAACUAACAUAUAUGUGACAGGAGAAAGCUGUCCACUUCCAAAAGAAGUUACGAAUGGUGUUCUAGAAAUAAAAGGGCUAUAUCACGGGUCAAGUCACUCGUAUAUGUGUAAGAAGGGGUACACAAUGGUUGGAGCACCUGUAAUACUCUGUAUUAACGGAAUCUACAAUCACGAACCACCAAAGUGUUUUGCCGAUUGCGGUAUGCAGACCAACCCUCGCGGUACCCAUGGUUACCUGACACAUGGCCAAACUGGCAGAUUGACAUGUUACGAAGAUCUAGGCUUCUUUCUUGGCGGUAACGGUGACGUAAUGUGCAAUGACGGACAUAUUGAAGGCGAUGCUAAAUGUUACAAGCCGCCAUCAUUCCAAGAUCGGCCAUUGGAUGGUUACGUAAUAGAAAACCAAGAUAUUGUAUUGAAGUGCAUUCCUGACACAGACGAUUCAUUUGUCACGUGGUACCGGGGAGAAAAUGAGGUCAGAGAUACACAUUUAGAUGCCAUAAAAUUCAUAUGUCAGCUAUCACUUGCUGACAACCCACUGGAGCUUUGCAAGAUUCCCAAGCUUCAAGUUACUAACAACCGCUCUAGUUCUGCUUCAGGCUUGGUGUUGUUGGAAGAUAGCAAAGACGGUAUGUCUCGGAUUUCUGUAACAAUGAAUGGAACUGUUUUGACUAUAAAGCAGGCUACUUUCCAAGAUGCUGGAUCAUAUACUUGCAAAAUAUCCAAUCCGAUUGGCACAGCUACUGCGAAUGCUCGUCUCAGGAUUAUAGGAGUGAUUCAAUUACCACACAUUAUAAAACCAUUGGAUCAUAUUGUCGAGUACGUGGGACAGAAUGUGCAGUUGAGAUGUGACAGUACUGGGGAUCCAACCCCGAACGUCACGUGGUUCUUCGAGGAAUCUCCAAUCAUCGCUGGGCAUUCGGACAUGCUUGUCGUUGAUUCGACACUACUGAUCAGCAGAAUAGAAGCAAAACAUUCUGGUAGAUAUACCUGCGUUGCAACAAACCAAUAUGGCACUGAUUCUGCAAACUGUACUCUGACCGUAAUAGAUUACCCUACAGACCCUCCUCCUGAGCCAGAAAAAGUUGAGUUUAUAAAAGACUCCGAGAGUCAAUUGAGGGCGCUACUCAUGUGUCCGUACGGUGGUAAAGCAGAAGAAGCCGUAAUCUGGACAUUCGGCGGCGCUGAUUUGACUUCAACGUUACGGCGUUACACCAUAACGAACCGCCGACUCAUCAUCCAUGAUGCUAACGAAUCGGAUAACGGCCUAUAUACGUGCACUGUACAUACUACAAAAGGUCGACAAACAUAUAGAAUCAUUUUGACAAUUAUAUUAUCAGACUCACUUCCACCGAAAGGUUUAAUAUCGUCGGGCGAAGCAGAAGUUCUUUCGGAUUCCGGAAUCACCAACCCCCCGAAGACAGCCAUGAAUUCGCCCAAGUUUCGCACCACUACUAUGGCUGCACCACUGAAGUACACAACCGAACCAACCUGGAUCCAGACUACUCCAUCGUCAUCGAAGCAGACAAACGUCUUACCUGAGCUUGUGCCUUGCACCCCUUGUGAAGAUGCUCCGCCAAAGAUCAAACCCCGCAGACGUGAUAUUAAUGAUACUGGGAUACCAUAUUAUUUUCGUGGGUGGGUUGACGUUCAGGGUCAAGGUGCUGCCAACGAUUAUUGUCGAUUGAUCAAUCCCACUCCUAAUCAACUGAUGUUAGCGUGUGCAUUGGCGGGCACCCAGGGUCAGAGUCAGUACAACUACGUUUCAACAUCAAAUCUUGAUCCCGGCUACAAAGAUACAUCAUACAUGAAAGACGAAGAUGGUGAUGGACGAGAUGACUAUUGCAGAUGUGUUGGUGCGGGAAAGGAAAUGUACGUGUGGUGUAUGAAGGCUUCCGUAGACGGUUUUGCAGGCAAGAACGAAGGUGGAAUCGGUGACGACGAAAAUGGACCUAGCCAGUAUACGUUCGUGGCCCCUGGACCACGAAACAUACUGCGCAAGUGCAGGAAGAGGAAAGUCGAUCCCUUCUUCGGCGAACCAGUAUGAUGGAGGAUUUUCUAUGGCCAUAAUGUAUAUAUUAUAUAAAAUAAUGUAAUGUAUUGUAUUUAGAUGCGUGGACCAGGACAAAAUGAAUUAUUCAGAUCAUUUAUUUGUAUAUUAUUGAAAUUAUGUAUAAAGCAAAUUUACUUGUAUCUAAAGUAUAGUCUUUAAGGAUAGUUGUAGAUAUUACAUUAAUGCAAAACGAAGAGGAAACGGUUUUGAAUCAUAGCCAAAAAAUAUUGUGGUAUGUGGUGAAAUCUCGAAAAGAACUAAAAUUAUAGACCUACGAGGACGUGAAUUACUCAUAUAAUAUGGACAUUAGGUUAAUAAUAUCCAAAAAGACACUGUUCGAAAUCAUCAUUUUUCCUCGUUAAAUAUAGAUGCUAGUCAAGUGUUUUCAUGUUUUAAUUUUAUCAUAUUUAUAAUUUAUUUUGUAUCUAAUGCGUUAAAGAUAGUCUAGGCCAAUGUUUUCCACAGCACUAUUAAUAUCGGAUAGUCAUAAUCUGAUUAUUCUCGUGGAAAGGAAGCAAACGAAUUCUGAAUAAACUAAAAUGUUCAGAUUAUAGUGUCAAGUAGGCCUAAUAGGCAAUAUAGUAUUCUCUAUGUUGCCACAUUUAACAUUGAUUUCAUUAUUCUGCGCACGCUAGGUGUACAGACCACUGGUUGCUUACAUGAUACGGUCAUAAAAUCGGCAAAUAUAGUUUUUAUCUAUUUACAGAUGGAUUUUAGCGGAUUAUUUUUAUCUGAAAGUAUUUGCUGGGGAAACAGUUUUCAUAAAAUAUUUUAUAAUGCCUACCUCUACAAAUCUUUAAGUCGAAUGACAAUAUUGUCAACUCAAAUACUGUAAAUAUUGUUAUUGAUUAUGAAAUAAUUGAUGUUAUCUUAAAAUUUCAAAAGCAAAUAAAAUAAAAUGUUUGAAU